AUGUAUUUUCGCCUGGGCAUUUCAGAUCCCAGCCAUGGGAUCACUGAAUCUCUUUCUCAUCCCAUCAUUGCAUAGAGUGUCUCUUGGCAGGAGGAGCCGUGGGCUCCAUGGACGGUGGAGAACCCCUUGCCUGGUCCCUGGGAGAGGUACACUCAGCUGCCGAGGGGCUGGGGCUGGCGCAUCUGUAGUCACCGCGAUCACUCAGGUUUCACACCAGGGUUUCACACUUACCAGAGGAUGACGGGCUAGGAGUUGCUAGAGGAUAGAAGCACCACAUUUGUCCAGCAUGCCUAUGAUGGACAAGAUUUCGUUAUCUUAAAUAAAGAUACCGUUUUCUGGAUGGCUACAGAUAAUAUGGCUCACAUCACCAAGUGGGCAUGGGAGGCCAAUUGGCAUGAGUUACAAUAUCAAAAGAACUAGCUGGAAGGAGAACGUAUUACCUCAUUAAAGAGGUUCCUGGAGUAUGGGGAAGCUACUUACAAGGACAGAGGACAGAACAUGACUCAACUCCACAUUCGUCAUGGAACCUAUCGGACAUGGGUAUCAGUUGAGCUGGAACCUCAGAGCGGCGACCUCUAUACUACCCAAGCAGACUGUGGCCUCUGCGUGGUUCUUCAAGUCCCCCAGGAUAAGGACGGGUUGUGGCUGUCUGGGGAGUGA